GAUUUCUAGACAAACACGUGGCUGAAGCAAUUGGAUUAGCUCUUGAUCUUCUUCAAGUGCAUCUAAUAAUAGAAAUGUAUCCUCUAUUGAGAGCAUAUUACUUUUAAUAAUUCAAUUCAUGGCAGCAGCCUUGCACUUCAUUAAAUAGUUUUACCUGCGGGCUCAUAUACUCUAUCAAAAUCUUCUUUCUGUAUAUGAGAAAGAUCUGGAGUUGGUAUCAUGCUUUGAGAGACAAAUCAACGCCAAAAUAAAUAGUAGGAAAUGUAACACCGUUAUUUGAAUUUGACAACAUUUUCAGUAAAAGUCUGGGCUUCAAAGAGGCUAAUGAAGUAGAACGUACAAACAAAGACGCAACAAACAAUGCAGUUAGAGCAGUUUAUAACAAGCUUUUUUAUAGCUAUUUCUAUAAAAAAGCUUAUUGUUCACUUUUUUCUCUUCUUUCUUGCUUUUUUCUUUCAUAAAUAAAAUAGGCAAAAGAAUAUGACGGCAGAAGCUACGGAAGAUCUACGAAUUACAGGCUACAACGCUCUAUUACCGCCCAACUAUGUCAAAGAAGAGUUUCCAGUCUCGGAGCAAGCCAAGGAAACAAUCACCAGAGCAAGACAAGAAAUAUCAAAUAUAUUACACAAAAAAGAUGAUAGGCUUUUCGUUAUUGUUGGUCCUUGUUCCAUACAUGACACACUCGCUGCUAAAGAUUACGCUAAGUUGUUACUUACUGCCAAGAAGAAGUUAGAGAAUGAACUUGUGAUAAUUAUGCGAGCUUAUUUUGAAAAACCUAGAACCACUACAGGUUGGAAAGGGCUGAUUAACGAUCCAGAUAUUGAUGAAAGCUUCGACAUCAAUAAAGGGCUUCGCAUUGGACGCGGGUUACUUACUGAGCUCACCGAUAUGGGUAUCCCCGUUUCUGUAGAGCUUCUUGAUACCAUUUCUCCACAAUAUAUGGCAGAUCUCAUCUCCUGGGGAGCCAUUGGUGCUCGUACAACUGAAUCCCAACUUCAUCGCGAACUUGCCAGUGGUGUCUCCUUUCCUGUUGGGUUCAAGAAUGGCACAGACGGCAAUCUGCGCAUUGCCAUUGAUGGUAUAGCUGCUGCGUCUCAACCUCAUCAUUUUUUAGGCCUCAAUAGCACUGGAGUUGUCUGUAUUACACAUACAACAGGUAAUGCUGAUUGUCACAUCAUUUUAAGAGGUGGCAAUCACGGUCCCAACUACGAAUCACCUUACGUUCAGGAAGCCAAGAAGUUAUUGAUCAAAUCCGGAUUGAAAAAUCCUGCUAUUAUGGUUGAUUGUUCGCAUGGAAACUCACAAAAAAAUCAUAAGAACCAACCAUUAGUAGCCAGGUCAAUUGCUGAGCAAAUAAGCAAAGGCGAAGAUGCACUCGUAGGUGUGAUGUUGGAGUCACAUUUGGAAGAAGGAAAACAAUCUGUACCACUCGAUGGCCCGUGCGCUUUGAAAUAUGGUGUGUCUAUUACUGACAGUUGUAUUCAUUGGAAGGAUACGGAACUAGUUUUGGAAGAGCUAGCAGAAGCUGUGAGGGCUAGAAGAGCUUUCAACCUACAAUAAUAUUCCAAUUAGAUACGAUGAAUGGGUCCUCCUUAAAAUUUAGCUACGACUCAUUAUUAAUAGUGUAAAUGAAUACGUAUAGUCCGCUUCAAAUUGUCAUUAUAAAUAAAAAUUUUUAGUUAAAAUGUGUAGAAUGAUAUAUAUUGUUUAUAUAUGAAGCUUGUAAAUAUAGGAAAGAAAAGACGAAACAGGAGCAUAAUUAGGCCAUCACACGUUCUACAACUGGUUGGAUUGCUUUAAUCUUAUCCAUAAAAACAGUUAAUGCUCUAACAAAAAUUUGCUCAGGAGAGAUAAUACCAGUUGUCUCAACGUUGACUAAGUUUUCAAGGAACAAGAAACAAG